UCUCCCACUUUGAAAAGAGAUACCAAAGUACCCUCACACUCUCCAUCGUCAUGGCGAGACACGCAGAAGAGCUCGGGUAUAGAUAGAUUGGCAGGGAGCAGCUCGGAGAUAGAUACCUCUCACCUCGGGGUGUUUACGGCUGUCAGGCAGCCAUUACCUACCUACCUACUGAUAACUGUCGAUGAUUUAAAGCCCGUGGAUCAGACUCGAACCCCUAGAUCGCCAUUGCUGCACGGAAAAUCCUCGAAAUAUGCUACGGUCACUGCUUUCCCGGGUCAGGGGCCAGCCCGACUACUGCUUCCCUUCCGUCAACGAAAAGGAUGACGGACCAGACUGCUUGAAAGAUUGCGCAGACUGUACCACCCACUAUCCCUCCAAGGUCAAGGUUGAAACGUCGCUUCCGCUCUACGGCCAUAUCAAAGAAUUCCAUAGCCAUGUUUUGGUGGCGACAGGCAAGUCUGACUGGGAGGAGAAGGUCGGAAAGGAGCGGGGGAGUUUGAUGGAGGCUUUUGAGAACAGUCCAGCAAAGUCUCGAUAUGGUCGCUUCAUGGUGUCUGCCUCGAAUUUGAAUCCACCAGAGCCUUCGGGGGAGACAACGCAAGGGUCUACAGUCCUGGUGCUACCAAGCUUUACAUUCGUGGACUCUUUAAAACAAGACGACGUUUCAGAGCUGAUCGCAACAUUCAUUGAUGGUCCGCAAGACCAGAACAACCAAGAUGCUACGUCUCAUCUUCCCUCCCGGCCGUGUCCUCACGAUUACGUCGUUCUGUUGUGUUCUCAUAAGCGUCGCGAUGCUCGUUGCGGCAUCACCGCUCCCCUGAUCAAACGAGAGCUUGAACGACAUCUCCGCCCAUUAGGCCUGUACCGCGACGCCGACGACGACCGCCCGGGCGGCGUGGGCAUCUACUUUGUCUCCCAUGUCGGAGGUCAUAAGUUCUCCGCCAACGUGCUCAUCUACCGGAAGAAAGACCAGCAGAUGAUCUGGCUUGCCAGAAUCAGACCGGAGCACUGCGAGGGAGUCGUCAAAUACACCAUCUUACAGGGCAAGGUGGUGCAUCCUGAUUUCCAGCUCCGAGGCGGAUUCGACCGACUCCGAGGGUUGACGAGUUGGUAGUUCUCUUAGAUUAGAGUAUUCACCAUUAAUAUAGAGAUUUCUCAUUCAAUUUUUAGAAAUAAUCAUUCAUUUCCU